CUUCUACUCACUAGCUCUCAGAACUGUGUACAACUGGUGACUGGUUGAGAAGAAACAGAAAGUUUUAAAAAGAAGUAGCCUCUCUUACACAUUUUUGAAACCAAAAUACUACCGUAAGAUUUUCGAUCUAUAGGCUAUAAAGCGUGUAGUUUUGAAAUAAUUGUUAAAGUGCCAAUUGUGCGUAAUUACGCAAAGUAAAAGUACAAUGGACGUGAAUACCGAAGCAAAGAGGAUCAUGGCGGUCUCUAUCAGUAAGCUGUACGCUUCCCGCUCCCAGCGCGGAGGAAUGAGACUCCACCGGAGCCUGCUGCUCUCCAUGGUCAUGAGAUCCGCCCGGGACAUCUACCACUCGGCCUGCCUCGCCAAGGAGAAGGAGGAGCAGUGUGCCGCAGCAGCCCAACCGGCCACGGUGGAACCUAUGGAGACCAGUGUUAGCGGGGUAGAUCAAGCCGAGGUUGUUUCCCAAACCGAGUCAACCGAGUCGCCCUUGACCCCAACCCCGGAGCCACAGAGCACCCCUGAGCCCGCGUGUAAGGCCGGACAAUUGCGUGGGAAGAAAACGGGAGCAGACAAAGAGAACCAGAGCCCCGUGAGCCCAGACCGACAUUCCAGGAAACGCCGGGGCAAGGCAUCCGUCACGCCCGACUUCCUUCCAAGCAAGAGGGCGAGACUCGAGCUGGGGGAGGAGAGACAUGCCGUGGCGCUCCGGAGCGGCCGCGUGAACUGCUGUAGUGCUAUGGGUAGCCUGGUCAACCUCGGGGUCAUGAAUCGGGUCAUUGCCGCGUUUUAACGAUAGGAGAUAUGCCCCAAACGGGCAGUGUUUACGUGAUAUUUAAAUACGGGACAGUUCUAAAUCCCUUUGUGCACCGGACAGGUCGGUCAAGUGACCUACAUAGGAGAUCCCGAGACAAUGGGAUUACCGGGGGCAGGGUGCGAUAUCUCGAGCGGCCGGAGGCUACACUGUUGACCUCGACGAAACAGCGACUGUGCAGGGGGAAACACGGCAACCGCCCAAACGGCCCACACGCGCGCACCACAGAACUGUGUGUUGGAAAGUUUGAGGAAGAGACACUAUGAGAGUUUCUGGGAGAUGAGUCAGAAAAAAAGUUCUGCUAAAAUUGCGGCGAAAGAAGAAGUGAGAAGAGCUGACGCAUGCACGCGGGAGUGUGUGUGUGUGAAGUGACUCAGAGAAGACAGCGAUAACAGCUGUGUCCGGGCCCUGUAUGGUCAACACGGGCAGACACCACGGACUUCGGGGAAUUUCCUGUGUCCACGCUGAGGACUUACAACCACAACAGAGGCGACAAGUUCCCCUCCCCCAUAACACAGACACGCACACACAUUCUCUUCUGAACUUGUGGACUUUGAUCAAUCAAUGUGGAAAGAGGGAUUGCCCUACUUAACGCCAGCUGCAGACUAACAGGCCCCGAAAUGGUGCUCAACACAACGAAAAAGAAGAGAGGUGUAGACUACGGAAAUGAAUAUUUCUUUUAUGUUGCUACAUUACGCCUGAGAAUGAACUUUAUUUGUGUAUACUUUGUGUUUCUGAUUUCGGAACAUUUUUAACUGUGAAACAACAUUUUUCCAUAAUUACCUCCAAUUGAAAAGCUGCUUUUUAUAUAUUUUUUUACGACGUCAACAGUGGGAUGUUUUGUAAUAAACAUAUUAAAUCGA